UCAUUCAUUCCAGUAUCUGUUUUCCGUCUCUUCAUUUACCAAAAAAACAUGGCCUUAACAUUACGUUCUUCUACUUCUUUCAUCAAACUCAAAGAAACCAACAACUUCAAAACUCCUGAUGACUUCUUAGGCUCCAUUUCUUUUGCUCAAAUGAAGCCAUCCUGCCGAAUCCGAGCAAGGAAUUCGAUGUCGAUGCAGGAAGCACCGCUGGUGCAUGGGAAAAUCUCGACCAAGGAAACCGAGAAGUUAUACAGUCUAACAAUUUCCCAUGCUGAAAAUAACUCAAAGGUACCUGUUUAUGUGAUGUUGCCACUAGACACAAUAACUCUAGGGGGUAGCUUGAAUAAGCCACGGGCAAUGAACGCCAGUUUGAUGGCCUUAAAGAGUGCAGGUGUCGAAGGGGUUAUGGUUGAUGCUUGGUGGGGCUUAGUAGAGAAAGAUGGACCUUUAAACUACAACUGGGAAGGGUAUACUGAGCUUGUGAAAAUGGUUGAAAAACAUGGUCUAAAGCUCCAAGUUGUCAUGUCUUUUCAUCAGUGUGGCGGCAAUGUUGGAGACUCUUGCAGUAUCCCAUUGCCUCCAUGGGUGCUUGAAGAAAUCAGCAAAAACCAAGACCUUGUCUACACAGAUAGAUUGGGACGGAGGAAUCCCGAGUACAUUUCCUUGGGAUGUGACUCAGUUCCUGUUCUCAGAGGAAGAACACCUAUUCAAGCUUACACAGAUUACAUGAGGAGCUUCCGUGAGAGGUUCAGAGAUUACUUGGGACGAGUUAUUGUGGAAAUUCAAGUGGGGAUGGGACCAUGUGGGGAACUGAGAUACCCAUCUUAUCCGGAAAGUAAUGGAACGUGGAAAUUUCCUGGAAUUGGAGAGUUUCAGUGCCAUGAUAAGUAUAUGAGAGCUUCCCUGGAAGCAGCGGCGGAAGCUAUCGGGCAAAAAGACUGGGGAAAAGGUGGUCCACAUGAUUCUGGUCACUACAAGCAAGUUCCUGAAGAAACUGGCUUUUUCAAAAGGGAUGGAACAUGGAACACCGAGUACGGACAGUUCUUCCUAGAAUGGUACUCAAGGAAGCUACUCGAGCAUGGAGACCGAAUACUUGCCGCUGCAAAAGGAACUUUCCAUGGAACAGGAGCAAAACUAUCAGCAAAGGUUGCUGGAAUUCAUUGGCAUUACAGAACAAGGUCGCAUGCUGCUGAACUAACAGCUGGUUACUAUAACACUAGACAUCAUGAUGGUUACCUCCCAAUAGCACAAAUGUUCAGUAAACAUGGAGUUGUUUUCAAUUUCACUUGCAUGGAAAUGAGAGAUGGGGAACAACCUGAAUACGCAAACUGUUCACCCGAGGGAUUAGUCCGGCAAGUAAAAAUGGCAACAAAGAUAGCCAGGGUCGAACUUGCCGGAGAAAAUGCACUAGAGAGGUAUGAUGCUGGUUCAUAUGCACAGGUUUUGGCAACGAGUAGAUCGGAUUCAGGCAACGGAUUGAGUGCAUUUACAUAUUUAAGGAUGAACAAAAGGUUGUUUGAAGGGGACAAUUGGAGGCAUUUGGUGGAAUUUGUGAAGAACAUGUCGGAAGGAGGUAGAAAGAUUUCGGAGUGUGACAGCCGAGGAACAAACCUUUACAUUGGGUUUAUCAAAGACAAGACUGUUGAGAAAAAGGAGGUUGCUCUUGUAUAGAAACUAUGUACAGAGUCCAUGAACAACAGUAUAUAAUUAGUGUAUCAUGUAUAAGCUAGAAAAAAAGGAAAAGCAAAACAGAGCAAAGAUUAUAUCCAUAUACAAUAUAAUUUUUUGCAUCAUAUGUCAAACUAGCAGAUAGGUGAAAAACAUAAUAGAGAAGAUAGCAUCUCCAUAAAUUAUAUGGAGAUUUCAUUCAA